CACUUCAAAUCAUCAACUCAGAAGGCGCCCAACAUAUUACCAUAAUCCCAUCACAAAUGCUGAUAUGAAAUACUUUUGUCCUUCAAGUACCGUUACAUUAAGUUUUUAAUACUAUAUUCCGUAUGAAUGAACAAGCAAUUAAAAUAUUUAUUGCGAGUUUCACUGGGACCUCGCAGUAACAAUGAAAAACUUUGAAAUGGUCCUUUUGCCUAUGUUUACAUUCCAAGUACACAAAUUUCGCGAUAGCCAAUCAGAAGGCGGCGAUUUGGAACGAAAUACAUGUGCAAAACACAUUUGCCUUCGAGCAGUAGUAGCGGACGAUUUGGUGGGUAUAUUGUGGUUUUUCUGAUCGCUAUGCCCGUGAAAAGAGGCCUCGUGGCUCCUCAAAACAUCUUUAUUCAAACAAUUAUCAAGAAAUUCGACGGAUCACCGGACCGAAACUUUGUCCUGGGAAACGCUCAAGUGGCCGAUCUUCCCAUCAUUUACUGCAACGAUGGAUUUUGCGAGUUAACUGGAUACAGCCGGGCGGAGUUGGUACAAAAACAUUGCAGUUGCGACUUCCUUUGCGGCGAAAACACGAACGAAUUCUCGGCCAGGGAAGUGAAGGAAGCGCUAAGGGGACAGGAGGAAAAGCACGUGGAAAUCCUCUACUACAGAAAGGAUGGAACUUCAUUCUUGUGUUCCGUUCUGAUCGCACCUGUGAGGAAUGAAGAAGGGACGGCUGUGAUGUACAUUAUCAAUCAUGAGGACGUCACAUGGUCACCCGAUAGGGAUGAAGUCACUUUACCAAAAUCCUGUUUCCAGUUUCCUUUGCAAGUGAACAGAAUUCCCGCCGCCAUCAGGCGAAAGAAAAAAGAAUAUAAUGGUGCCGCCACAGACGAAGACGACAAUCAAAGCGCAAAAAGCAGCCGCGACCCCGAAACAUUUUUCACAUACACUUCCAGCGGAACCAGCGAAGUAGAGUCUCCUUCAUUUAUUCCAGUCAUGAGUGUUCAUCCCCCUACUCCCACUGGGUCAGUUCCAAGUCCGAGAGAGCACCCCUCCCCAGCGUCUUCCCCAGAGCAGCAACCCUCGCGCAAGUCGCCUCUCCUAAAAUCGUCGUCUUUGGAUGACAUGUCAAAGAUUUCAAAGAACGCUAGAGGCGAGUCAGAAUCGCUUAUUAAACCCGUGGCAUCGCCAGCUUCCAAUCCAGGAAACAUGCUGUAUAUUCCCGAACUAAAAGGUCGGCUGUCCGCCGCGGUUUCGGAGUCGUCGCUGUGGAAUUCUCGAAACAAACCUUGGCUAGAUGGAACAAAUAUGGAUUUCCGAGGUUCCACGCUUAUCGCCUCUCAGGGUCUGCAACAGCUCGUACACCCACGAAAAACGGAAAAAGUCGCUCAGGUUAUGUCCCUGGGUGCUGAUGUGCUUCCAGAAUACAAGCUCCAAGCCCCUAAAAUCCACCCGUGGACAAUACUUCACUACUCACCCUUCAAGGCAUUCUGGGACUGGCUGGUGUUGUUCCUGGUUAUUUACACGGCGAUAGUGACGCCUUACGUGGCUUCCUUCAUCUUGACGCGGGACAAACAACAGGAGGAACGCAACAAGGACCCGGAAACAAGACGGAACACGGGGCCGGUGAAUAUAUACUCCGACCCCCUGGUCAUAGUGGAUUACAUCGUGGAUGUGAUGUUUAUCGUAGACAUAUUUAUCAACUUCCGGACGACUUUCGUGGACGCUAAUGACGAGGUUGUCAGUCACCCUUGCCGUAUCGCCGUGCAUUACUGUAAGACGUGGUUUGUUAUUGACUUGGUGGCGGCGAUACCGUUUGAACUACUCAUCAUGAUCGGCAAUACUGAUCAGACAACAACGCUGAUCGGGCUCCUGAAGACAGCUCGCCUCUUGAGACUCGUCCGGGUUGCUCGCAAAUUGGAUCACUACUCGGAGUACGGCAUCUCGGUCUUGUUACUUCUGAUGUGUUCGUUCGCGUUACUUGCACACUGGCUCGCCUGCAUUUGGUACUUUAUUGGAAAUAUUGAACAUGAACUGGAAGACCCGAGCACUACGAUAGGCUGGCUGGACUCACUGGCGACGCAGAUAAAUCAACCUUAUAACAAGAGCGACUACACCAGUGGUCCGGACUUGCAGUCCAAAUAUAUAACAGCUUUGUAUUUCACGUUGAGUAGUUUGACGAGUGUUGGGUUUGGAAACGUUUCGCCGAACACCAACACCGAGAAAAUCUUCUCUAUCUGUGUUAUGUUAAUUGGAUCGUUAUUUUACGCUGCCAUAUUUGGUAAUGUUGCCGCCAUCAUAGCGAGGCUGUAUUCGACAACAUCUCGUUAUCACGCGCAGAUGCAGAAGGUGCGCGAGUUUAUCCGGUUUUACCAGAUACCCAGUCCUCUGCGGCAACGAGUCGAGGACUACGCCCAUCACGUGUGGUCUUAUACAAACGGUAUUGACAUGGAACAGGUUCUGAAACAUUUCCCCGAGUGUCUUCAAGCAGAUAUUUGUCUCCAUCUGAACGCCAGUCUGCUUCAGUCUUACCCAGCAUUCACCUCGGCUCCCCUGGGUUGUUUACGUGCUUUCGCCCUGCGCAUUAAAACCACUCACCUCCCCCCUGGGGAUUACAUCAUCUACCAGGGUGAUGAGGUGAAUCAUUUGUACUUUGUGAUACGAGGCACAGUGGAAGUGCUGAGCAGUGACGUCAUCAUGGCAAUUUUAGGUAAAGGCGACUCGUUUGGUGAAAACUUCGCUAUCGAUCCCGACAGGCCUGUAGUCAACUCUAACGCCAGCAUCCGGGCAUUAACGUAUUGUGAGCUGCGCCUUGUAACAAGAGAAGACGUGCUUCACAUCUUAAAACAGUAUCCGCUGUUCAAAGAGAACUUCAUCAAGGAUCUUGAAAUCACCUACAACUUGCGUGGAGAUGAAGCGGAAAAGGUCCGAGAGACUAUUUACACUAUUUCCAUCUAUUUUUAAAGUGUUUCGCCAGUACGACUGGUAUGGUAAAGAGACCUCCAUAACAUGGCUGGGCGACGCAACGGCACAUGCUUUAAAAAAAAUCUUGCGGCGAAAAAUUUAUUCAGUUAAAUUUCAGUUUGCGAUUAAUAUUAAAAAGUUGUUCGUGAACAGCAUUUUCCAUUACAUUCUUUAAAGGAAGUAAUGGUCAGUUUCGUUUAUCGCAGACUUUCACACCGUUCCGAGAGACCGCGAUCUUUUCGGUCCUGCUCGAGUCUGACUGGCCACCUAUCGAAAAUGAGUACUCUGCGCGUUCUUAGGAAAGAUUGUUUUUCUUGUUGCGGACCAAAAGAAUUAUGGUCCCUAGGAGGAGCGUGUUCGCGAAGAGUUUCUUUAUUCUUAUUUCUGGUCAAAAGAUUUCGUGCGCAUUCCAAGUUGUCACAUCAAGUUAAGGUUUCUGCGUGGAAUCCAUACGAUUUUGAGAGGGUAUCGAUGGGGUGAUGGCUUUUACGGUUAACGUUUGAUUGUAAUUGAUU